AGGCGAAAAGAAAAGAAAAGAAAAGAAAAGAAAAUCGGUGAAGACGCCGCGAGAAAGCUUGCUCGUCGCACGCUGCGCGUAAGGGGCUUAGAGAGGGUUUACGAAGGGUGGGGGCAGCAAUGGCGGAUCCGAACCCUCGACCUCGAGGCGGCUUCCGAUGUCACCACUGCGCAGGUCCUCUCUCCAAGGACAUGGAGGCUAGCGAUUGGAACGUGUCGCUCAUCAGAGACAGCUUCUCCAUGAUCGGUUCGGCUGUGGGCGGUACGGCCAGCGCUUUCUAUGGAUUCAACCAUGUGAUGCCGAUUGUCCGGAGAUGGGUAAAAGGGCCAAUGUGGUUGCAUUUCCUUAUUGGUGCACCUCCAGUGAUAGUGUUCUCCUCAGCCUGUGCAGGAUUGGCAGGUGGUGCGGUACCUGCUCUAGCCCAACUUGCAUCUUCAUCUUAUCAUGCAGCUGUGUCCUCCCCAUUGCCUCCGUCAGCCUCUCAAGAUGAUAAAAUGCACAAGUCAAGAACUUCAUCUACCCUGUAAAUAUUAUCCCAGCUCUCUCUCUAAGCUUGACUGUGCAUGGGUGCCUGGGUGCUUGGGAUAAAGAAAGAGAGUGAGUUUGCCUGUGCAGGUUAGAUAAGCUUUUGGGAAUUUGUUCCAGCAACUCUGUAUUUAUUGAUCAACUCAAAUGUUAACUUACAUGUCAAAGCUUCAUCUUUUGCAUUUUGAUCACUUUGGGUAUGCUGUC